AUGCCGGUAGCCCUACUUCAUCAGCGCCCUCAGAAGACCAAGGGCCUCUCCCAACCCACAACACCGAGACUCAGUGCUCAGGAUCAAUCUCAAAAGCCCGAGACUUCGGCAUACAGUAUGGACAGCGCGGCGAAUGCCCGUCCGUUUCCUUUCUUCAAACUACCCGCCGAACUUCGAAAUCAGAUCUACCGCUUAGUCGUUGUUACUGGGCAAAGUCUCAUGAUUCGAGACAUGCAUCUUCAGGAGUUCGAGAGGAGUCAUGACAAUGGCAGCUACCGAUUCAGAUCCACCUACCUAGCUACAGAUCAUGUGUGCAGCAAAAAAAGCUGGCCUGAAAACUUGGGGACUCCGACAGUCGAGUUAUGCUUGUUCAAAGGCCCAAGAUACCAGCCUCUAAAGACGACUUACAAACUUGGCACCGCAAUCCUUCGUAACACUAUGACCACAGAGAUGCUCUGCGUCAACAAACAGUCCAGAGAAGAGGUUGCGUUCAUCUUCUAUGGCGAGAAUACCUUCCACUUCACCAGCAUGAGUUCACUCAUGCCAUUCAUGCAAGAUCGCACAGCGGAGACCCGCAAGUAUAUUCAACGCAUACGGCUAACGCUUACCGUCGAUGACCGAGAUUGGGAUGUCAUCUAUACAGAAUACGGAAGACCGGCCACUUGGAACACAGCCUUUUCAAAGCUUGUGAAGCUGCCUCAUGUGAAUGUAAAGAAGCUGUUUGUCCGGGUUGACGACAGGAAAGCAAAGAUUCUCAAGGAUGGCCUGAACCUUCGGUCCAGGUCAAUGCUUUGGCUACACAAACUCAGCAGGCUUGAGAAUCUGGAAAUGCUAGGUGUCAGAUAUGAUGUCACAGAAUGGAAAACCCUUCGGUACCAGCCAAACCUUUGGGGAUGGUCUGGACCAACGGACGAUGAGGUCAACACCCAGACCGAACAAGAACUGUGGCGAUUCCUUGCACCUAAGAUGCUCAAGAAGGAUGGCGAUGAUCACAACCCUGAUGCAUUGCAAGAACGUCGCAUCUGGGACUUCCCCAAGACUCGGAAAUCUUAUCGCACCCACAGCAACAAAGAUUUCGAUGGGCUUUAUCCCGAAUCCGACGCCGAUGUCGAGUAG